AUGGUCAACAGUCCCCAUUUUCUUGGCUACUCCAAGCUGGGUGCCGAGAUAACUGCAUUGAAAUUGGAUCAUCGCGAGCAAUUUGAUUGGCCUGAUGAAUCAGCAAUUCCAGGAUUUCGUCAAAUUACAGAGAAAUACCUAUCUCAAUCCACAACAACACAAGUUGAAGCUAAUCAAAUACCCCCUCCCCCUCCAGCUAGCGGUGAUGCUGCCAAUUGCCAAGGGGUCGGCCCUCACAAAGACUCGGGAUUCCUCACGUUCCUUCUUCAAGCAACUCCUCACCGCGGCCUUGAAGUACAGAAUAAAGCCGGAGAAUGGAUUCCAGCUCCUCCGUUGCCGAACACAUUUGUCGUGAAUAUUGGCCGGGCUCUAGAAGCCUUGACUGGAGGCAUAUGUACCGCGACCACCCAUCGUGUGAGUCUACGGGAGGAGAACUUCAUAGAUUCCGAAGGCAACUCCCUGGGACCUCGAUUUUCAUUCCCAGUUUUUCAGGGCAUUGGCCUUGACCUCUCGUCAGACAAUAUUUCCCUAAUUGUUCCAGACAGCGUUCGGAAAUUGGUUCAGGAUGACAAGGUCAAAUCCGAUGCCGAGGCGACUUUCAAUGAGAUGUUCCGGACCAGCAUUGGUGAGGGCACUUUAGUUGCCCGAGUAACCAGCCACCAGGAUGUUGGACAACGAUGGUACCCAGAAGUUUUAGCUAGGGCGCUGGCGGGCCAGCGAACGUUCGCGUCACGAUGA